CAUAGCUUCCCUGAUGGUUUCUUGUCUUUUUCCCUGAAUACUUCUACAUUCUUCUGAACAUUGCUCAUUCCAGAGUGACUAUUGUCCCCCUUUCAGCCUCCUGUGCAAUUGCCCUUGACAUAGUCUGGCCUUUCUGAACAGAAAUUCCUGUUUCCCUCCAGCUUGGGCAUUUUUCACAGCCUUUAUACCACAGGUUUGAUCCCCUGUUGAAUGCUUCUGUGUGGCUGUCCAAAUGCUCAACAAAUCUGAAAUGAAAUGGCAUCCUUCCUUCUUCCUCCAUAUGCAUGCAGAAGUUAUACAACUGCCAUUUUUUGUUAUGUGACAGAGUUGACAUGUUGACCAGGAGUGUUCUAUCACAGGUGAUGAUAACAUUUGAAGACCUGGCUGUGUACUUUACCUGGGAGGAAUGGCAGAACAUGAACCAAGCUCAGAAAAUCCUGUACAGGGAUGUGAUGCUGGAGACCUACAGCAGCCUGUUCUCCUUGGGGCACUGCAUGACCAAACCUGACUUGAUCUUGAAGUUGGAGCAAGGAGCAGAGCCCUGGAUGGGGAAAGAAUGCUUACAUCAUAGCCUCCCAGUUGCCAUGAAAAGGGAUGACCUGAUUAGGAAAAACCAGAAAAGUCAGGACAAAAAUCUGAACCAGAAUGUUAUGAAAAACAAUAAGACAUCAACUCCCAAGAUCAUUGAAUUAAGAAAAACACUUCGUUUAAGUUCAAACCAUAUUCCAAAACUGAGUAUCAAAAAGAGAAUCUAUUCAGGAAUGAAACCUGAAGAAUGCAAUGUAUGUCACAAUGUGUAUCUGCACUGUGGGCCUGUUCAACUACAAACUGGAGAAAAAUUUGAUGCUACUAAUGUGCCUGGGAAUGCUCUCCAGAUCUGUGAGGCUCUUAAUCAACAGCACAAAAAUCAGACUGUGCAACAGUCAUUUGAACCAAUUGGAAAAGGCAAAGUCUUCAAAAGGAAAAAUAUAUUUUGUCAAUCUGAGAGGCAUUUUAUGGUAGAAAGUAAGAAGUCAACUGCCAAUAUUGGCAAGACAACUCAAAUAGAACAUGAUUUCCAUAAAAAUUCUAACCUCAGUAUGCAUCAACAAAGUCCCAGAAGAGAGAAAGUUUAUGAAUAUAGUAGUUCUUUGGAACCUGUCAUUGAUCAAUCACCUCUUAAAAUAAAUCAUAGACCACAUAUAGGGAAGAAACCCUAUGCAUGUAAGCCUUGUGGAAAAUCAUUCAGUUAUAAAUUCUGCCGUGCAAUUAAUUAUGGUACUCACAUAGUGGAAAACUCUCAUGUGUUUAAUGAACAUGGAGAAGCCACUUACCAGAAGUCACAUCUCAUAAAUCAUCAGAGAAUUCACUCAGGUGAGAAACCUUAUGAAUGUAAUGACUGUGGAAAAUACUUUGAUCAGAAGUCACACCUCAUAAAGCAUCAGAUAAUUAACACAGGGAAUAAACUUUAUGAAUGUAAUAACUGUGGAAAAGCUUUUGGCCUAAAGUCACACCUCAUAAAUCACCAGAGAAUUCACAUGGGAGAGAAACCUUAUGAAUGCAGUGACUGUGGAAAAGCCUUUCACUAUAAAUCAAUCCUCACAAAGCAUCAGAAAAUUCACACAGGGGAUAAGCCUUAUGAAUGUAAUGACUGUGGAAAAGCCUUUGGCCGGAAGUUCCAUUUCAUAAAUCAUCAGAGAAUUCACACAGGGGAGAAACCUUAUGAAUGCAAUGACUGUGGAAAAGCCUUUCGCUGUAAAUCAGUCCUCACAAAUCAUCAGAGAAUUCACACAGGGAAGAAACCUUAUGAAUGCAAUGAGUGUGGAAAAGCCUUUGGCCAGAAGUCACACCUCAUAACACAUCAGAAAAUUCACACAGGGGUGAAACCUUAUGAAUGCAGUGACUGUGGAAAAGCCUUUCGCUGUAAAUCGGCCCUCACAAAGCAUCAGAGAAUUCACACAGGGGAUAAGCCUUAUGAAUGUAAUGACUGUGGAAAAGCCUUUAUGUGGAAGUCUUGUCUCAUCCUACAUCAGAGAAUUCACAUUGGGGAAAAACCUUAUGAAUGCAAUGACUGUGGUAAAGCCUGUAGCCAGAAGUCAAACCUCAUAACUCAUCAGAAAAUUCACACAGGAGAGAAACCUUAUGAAUGCAAUGAGUGUGGCAAAGCUUUUGGCCAGAAGUCACACCUCAUAACUCAUCAGAAAAUUCACACAGGGGUGAAACCUUAUGAAUGCAGUGACUGUGGAAAAGCCUUUAUGUGGAAGUCAUGUCUCAUCCUACAUCAGAGAAUUCACACGGGGGAAAAACCUUAUGAAUGCAGUGACUGUGAUAAAGCCUUUGGCCAGAAGUCACAUUUCAUAAAUCAUCAGAGAAUUCACACAGGGGAGAAACCUUAUGAAUGCAAUGAGUGUGGGAAAGCCUUUGGCCAGAAGUCACACCUCUUAAGGCAUCAGAAAAUUCACACAGGGGAGAAACCUUAUGAAUGCAGUGACUGUGGAAAAGCCUUUGGCCGGAAGUCCCAUUUCAUAAAUCAUCAGAGAAUUCACACACGGGAUAAGCCUUAUGAAUGUAAUGACUGUGGAAAAUCCUUUAUGUGGAAGUCACAUCUCAUCCUACAUCAGAGAAUUCACAUGGGGGAAAAACCUUAUGAAUGCAAUGACUGUGGUAAAGCCUUUGGCCGGAAGUCACAGCUCAUAACUCAUCAGAAAAUUCACACAGGAGAGAAACCUUAUGAAUGCCAUGAGUGUGGGAAAGCCUUUGGCAAGAAGGCAUACCUCAUAAAUCAUCAGAGAAUUCACACAGGGGAGAAACCUUAUGAAUGUAAUGACUGUGGAAAAGCCUUUGGGAAGAAGUCACACCUCAUAAAUCACGAAAGAAUUCACACAGGAGAGAAACCUUAUGAAUGUAAUGACUGUGGAAAAGCCUUUCGCUGUAAAUCAGCCCUCACAAAGCAUUAG